AUGAUACCCUUACGACACAGCCACCUCAAUUCCUCCUCCCAAUCACGCACACGCGCACGCUACUUGCUCCUUGUUCUGGGGUUACUCCUGCAGGUACAUGUACCGCUGGUUGCGGGGGAUGAUAACUCUAAUUGUUCCUCCACCUCGACGAUAUCCUCCCAAUCCGAUGCGGACUCGCUCUCCUCGUGCGAUACCCUCUCCGGUACCCUGACUAUCUCUUCCUCUGCGACGGGCAGUAUCUCGCUCUCCAAUAUCGAGACUAUCAAUGGCGGCAUCACCAUCCAGGAUGUAUCCGGCUUGACGUCGUUCUCGGCAUCGGAUCUACAGAAAGUGAAUGGGAAGAUAUAUAUCUCGGGGAAUGAUGACUUGACGAAUUUGUCGUUUCCGGAUUUGGAAAAAGUCCCCGGGGAGAUUGAUAUCGAGGGGAACAAGGAGUUGAGGGAUAUUGUAUUCCCGGAUCUGAAGAAUGUCGAUGGGAGCUUGAUUUUAAAGGGGACUUUUAACGAGAUCAAAUUCGAGGAUCUCGAUAAGGUCAAAGGACAAACGGUGAUUAACUCCCAUGGCGGGUCGUUUCGAUGCUCGAGUCUCAACUCUCUUCGUGAUGACGACGAUGACGACGAUAAUAAUACCCGCCGUCGCCGCGACAACAGCAACAACAACGGCGCCUUUCAAGGUUCUUACACCUGCACCGACGGUUCCAGCAGCGGACUCAGUGCGGGCGCCAAAGCCGGUAUCGCCAUUGCCGUGAUUGUACUGGUCCUUCUCAUCCUUGUUGGUUUGUGGAUGAUGUAUCGGAAACAGCGGAAGCGGCGCAGAAGACGGAAUGAUGAUCAGAGCCAAAUGAUGUAUACGCCUGUCGGGGUCGGCCUUCGGGGCGGCGGUGGUAGUAGUAAUCGAGACGAGGAGUCGGCAGCUGGUGAUGAGAAGCCUGUUACCGGAGUCCCGAAUCCCGCCGUACUCAGGCAGAAUAGCGACCCUGUUAUUGCGGCUAGUGCCAUUCCCCGGAAACCGAUAUCGCCGCCACCGCCAUCGAACGAGAUGAACAGGGAAUCUAUGGUGUCCAUGUCGACGUCUCCGCCCCUCCCUGCUGCGUUGGUCCCAGGAGAUCGCUCGUCUGCGUCGCCGCCGAAUGAUGCGGAUGGACGAUCACUGUUCCUGCAUCCGAUCCCCCGGAGGCGACCGUCGGAGACGGAUGUGCCGUUGCUGGAUAGUGGUGACGUGCAUGAGGCGCCCGGAAGUCCAGUACAACGGCCAAUGUUUGAGCUAGAUGCAGGGCCCGUGCGAGGAACGCAUCAGCAACCUAUUAACCAUGAGUAG